AUGGCCGCAGCGGGCGACUGGCGCGCACCCUUGCGCCACGUGCGUGAGGUGCUGCGGACGGCACCUCUCUGCACACUGGAGGCUGCCCAGGCCGAGCUGAAGGCCAUACUUGCCGAAGUGGCCGCACGCUGCGGCAAGAAUUUAGACGAGGCAGAGAUGGAAGCUGCCAUCAUGCACGAUUUGGAGUUGAAAGGCUACCACUUAGAACCUGCGCUGCCGGAACUGGACGACUCCGCUCUGCUGGCACAGGAGAUGCAGAUUUGCAAGCGGCGGCGGCUCACGGGCAAGACCAAGGCCCUUCCUUCGCCUAAAGGGUCGGAGGAUCCCGAGAAGGUGCCACAAAGCGAAGAUGGCUUCGUAGCGAUGUCCGACCAGGAGGCCCUUUGCAGUCCUGGCGAGGUGGCGCAAAGCUCGCCAACACGCACAGAGGAGUUGAGGGACGGGGACGAGGACCGUGAUGGCCUCGAGGCCCUCAGAUUCUUGCGUGAGCCAACUUCUGCUUCUUCGCCUGACAACGCUGCACGGCCAAGCUCAAACGGCCUCGACCAUGCUGUGGAGGAAGAGGAGGGAGAGGAGGAAGAGACCGUGUUCGUGAGUCGGAAGGCAUUCACGGCUUUGCGCGCUCUGCGGCGGAAAGGUCUCCAACACAUUUCCAGCGGUUGCAUAUACCGCCUCUUUGAUGCCACUCUCCAGGAUGGCGAGGCACUGGUUGCACUGGAUGCAUCGCAGCUGGUUACGCCUUGGCGUUCUUCCAGAGCGGGCGUAGAGGCUGCUCCCGCUUGA